AUGUCUUCACAACACGGUUUCUCUUCCCCUGCCUGGACCGCAUCUUUUCAGUCAAAUGGCUCUGCCAUCGGUGCCUGCAUGCGCUUCUCCGCGUCUUCCCCUCCCCGUCGCGCUCCCUUCCCCUCCCCGUCGUGCUCCCUUCCCCUCCCCGUCGUGAUCCCUUCCCCUCCCCGUCGUGAUCCCUUCCCCUCCCCGUCGUGCUCCCUUCCCCUCCCCGUCGUGCUCCCUUCCCCUCCCCUUCGCGCUCCCUUCCCCUCCCCGUCGUGCUCCCUUCCCCUCCCCGUCGCGCUCCCUUCCCCUCCCCGUCGCGCUCCCUUCCCCUCCCCGUCGCGCUCCCUUCCCCUCCUCGUCGCACUCCCUUCCCCUCCCCGUCGCGCUCCCUUCCCCUUCCCGUCGCUCUCCCUUCCCCUCCCCCUCGCGCUCCCUUCCCCUCCCCGUCGUGCUCCCUUCCCCUCCCCGUCGCGCUCCCUUCCCCUCCCCGUCGCGCUCCCUUCCCCUCCCCGUCGUGAUCCCUUCCCCUCCCCGUCGUGCUCCCUUCCCCUCCCCGUCGCGCUCCCCUCCCCUCCCCGUCGUGCUACCUCCCCCCUUGUUCUACCUGUAGUUUACAUCCCUCCAUGCCCAUCUCCUCCCGUCCUUCUAUACCCCUCUCAUCCUUUCCUUCUCAUCCCCAAUCCUCCCUUCCCUCUGACACCCAUUUGCUUCCACUCCCGCUCCGCCCUCAACCCCUUCUCUCUCUCGUUCUCGUCGCUCUUGUCGCCCUCCUCACUCCGUCUAGCUCCCGUCGCACCCCAUCGCUUCCCUCCCUCUAGACUAUCCUGGCCCGUGCCUUGCUUUCCUCCUAACCUCUCCCCUUGCCCUAUGCUGUUUUACCCUCCGUCCCUAUGCGGUGUCCCCCUUUCCCUACAAUCUGCUUUCCCCCUCCCCCCUUACUCCAUUUCUGCUGAUUUCUUCCCUUCCCCCUCUUCGCCUCUCCUUCCCUCCCUCGCUGUCCCUCUCUCUUCGACUCUCUUCCCUUCCCUCUCUGCUGGCCCCUUCUCUCCUUUCCCUCUCAGCCCCUCUCCUCCUUUCCCUCUCAGCCCCUCUCCUCCUUUCCCUCUCAGCCCCUCUCCUCCUUUCCCUCUCAGCCCCUCUCCUCCUUUCCCUCUCAGCCCCUCUCCUCCUUUCUCUCUCAGCCCCUCUCCUCCUUUCCCUCUCAGCCCCUCUCCUCCUUUCCCUCUCAGCCCCUCUCCUCCUUUCCCUCUCAGCCCCUCUCCUCCUUUCCCUCUCAGCCCCUCUCCUCCUUUCCCUCUCAGCCCGUCUCCCUGCACAUGA